AUGCCGACGAUGGCGUCCGCGCCGGAGAGGCCGGACUUUCCGCCUCCCUCAGACCUCCCGCCCGUGCCAGGCUCACCUACAUUCACCUAUGCCUCGACAACAAACCAGCUCUCGUCCUACAACCUACCACUACCUCCGCCGCCGCGACCCAGCCAUGCCGUCCUCACAAAGGCAGAUCUCGAGCAAUCCCAGAUUGCCUAUUCGGACCUCAUAGCUACGGCAAAGGCCUACCGAGUCGCCCUUGCCAGCCUCAGCACUGCAUCCUCAGCAUUCGGCUGCGCCCUCGAAGCAUGUGCUCGCCUCAAGGAAGCCCGCGCCGACACGCUCAGCUCCAGUGGUCACGGCCACAUCCUGCCCAUGACCAACAGCUACACCGCCAACGGCGGCCGCCUGCAGUCCUCGGGCGCCUGCACGGCCGACCUUCUCCUCAGCGCCAGCGGAGUGCACCACCUCAUCGCCAACCACCAGCAGAUCCUGUCGGAGACGGUCUACCGGAGCUUCGAGGUGCCGCUCCUCGACGAGCUCGACAAGUGGCGCCGCGAGAUGGCCGACGAGGACCAGUCGUACCAGAACGAGGUCGCCGCGCGGGCCAAGGAGAUCCGGCGGCUCGAGAAGGAAGGACUGAAACUGCACAAGCAGCGCCGCAGAGACCUUGGCAAGUUCCGGGAGCACCUCGUGGACCUCACCAGCAAGCUCGACGGGCUCACGACGCUACAGGGCGAGCACUCGCGCACGCUGCUCAGCGAGAGCCAAGUCACGAGCAGCCGCAUCCUGGACGCCAGCUGUAGCCUCGUGCGCGCCGAGGUGGAAAUCUUUGAGAGCCUCGCGCGCAAGGGUUGGAAUGGUGGUGGGCUGGACGAUCUCCUGGAGAAAGGACGAGACUUGUUUGCGAAUGAAGACGAUGCCCUCGGCGCGUCGGCGGGAGUCUUGGCAGCCCAUGCUGGCGGGCAAGGAAUCACGAGCACAGGCACGGGAGCUGCCGAUGGCGGUGCGAAAUUGUUUAGUAUACUGCCGCCCAAGAGCAUCUUGGCUGACUCGAGCGGCGGCGGCGUCGAAAACAGCAACAACAACAGUUCACGAGGCAGACCGCGAGGUCAUGGACGUGCAGACUCGUUGCUCGUCGACAGUGAUCGGUAUCAGAGUCUGACUGGCGCCAUUGACCACGAUCGCACCGACACAGAAAGCAUAUUCUCCGAGUUCAACCAGAGCAGGGGUGUCAGGCCGUUCAGCCCGCAGCCGAUACGCAGAGUUCCGACUGAUGUCAUCAUGGACCCGGACUCGCUGCCUGAUAACGAGACAAUUACCCAGAGGGAAGGGAACAGAUCAUCGCAGACAUCACAACAGCCUGAGGACCUGAUGGACCUCUGCACGCCAGGUUUCAGCAUCGAUGAGCGUGAGGAGGAGGACGACGAAGCUGUUUCUCCAUGGAAGGAUGAAGGUCUCGAUCGGCAGCCUCUGAUGUCAAGCCACAACCAGAACGGCCACAUUGACAAUGACGAUGACGAGGAUGAGAUACGCACGAUACGGCCUGACGACGACGACAUCGAUGGUGAAGCAGAUUCCACAAAUGGCGCAGAUACAAUGGCUGGUGAUGGUGAUGAAUCGGGCGAGUCCGGUGAUCCAGCCGCGAUGCCGAGCGAGAAGCGCAAGAGUCGCUGGAACCUCAUGGGAUAG